UUCAACUUACUCAGAACAUGUCAGGUCGUGGUAAAACCGGGGCGAAAGUCAGGGCCAAGUCAAAGACCAGAUCUUCCAGGGCAGGCUUGCAGUUCCCGGUGGGUCGUGUCCACAGGCUGCUGCGGAAAGGCCAUUACGGGAAGCGCAUCGGUGCCGGCGCCCCCGUCUACUUGGCGGCGGUGUUGGAGUACCUGACCGCCGAGAUCUUGGAGUUGGCGGGAAACGCAGCCCGCGACAACAAGAAGACCAGGAUCAUCCCCCGCCACCUCCAGCUGGCUGUCCGCAACGACGAGGAGCUCAACAAGCUUCUUGGCCGAGUUACCAUCGCCCAGGGCGGCGUCUUGCCCAACAUCCAGGCUGUUCUUCUGCCGAAGAAGGCUGAGAGGGCUGCUAAGAAUGGUUUAAAAUACAAAUCCAACAUGUCAGGUCGUGGUAAAACCGGGGCGAAAGUCAGAGCCAAGGCAAAGACCAGAUCCUCCAGGGCAGGCUUGCAGUUCCCAGUGGGUCGUGUCCACAGGCUGCUGCGGAAAGGCCAUUACGGGAAGCGCAUCGGUGCCGGCGCCCCCGUCUACUUGGCGGCGGUGUUGGAGUACCUGACCGCCGAGAUCUUGGAGUUGGCGGGAAACGCAGCCCGCGACAACAAGAAGACCAGGAUCAUCCCCCGCCACCUCCAGCUGGCUGUCCGCAACGACGAGGAGCUCAACAAGCUUCUUGGUCGAGUUACCAUCGCCCAGGGCGGCGUCUUGCCCAACAUCCAGGCUGUUCUUCUGCCGAAGAAGGCUGAGAGGGCUGCUAAGAAGUAA